AUGAGUUUUGCAGCAGUAAGAAAUUCACUAUAUAAGCAGGCCGGCAUUGUCAGUGGCAGAAGGUUCUAUGGUUGCCUCAGAAGACCAGUGAAUACUUUGAAUAGCAGAUUCAAUUCUAAGUUCAUUGCCCAAAAAACACUUAUCAGUUACAGAAUGUCCUCUUCCGUCACAGGUUUCUACAUCCCACCUAUUUCCUACUUCGGUGAAGGUGCUUUAGAUGAGUCCAUGACUUACAUGAAAACCAAAGGUUUCAAGAUCUGUUUGAUUGUUACUGACCCAGGUAUCGCCAAAAUUGGUGUCGCUGAAAAAGUUGCUCAAAUCAUCAAGUCCAAGGGUGUCACUGUCUGCAUGUACGACCAGACCCAACCAAACCCAAAUGUCAAGAACGUCCUUGAUGGUUUAGCGGUCUUGAAGGCCAACAACGCUGACUGUGUUGUUUCCCUAGGUGGUGGUUCCGCUCACGACAAUGCUAAGGCAAUUGCUUUGUUGGCCACCAACGGUGGUGAAAUUGGUGACUACGAAGGUGUUAACCAAUCUUUGAAACCAUGUUUGCCAUUGUUUGCCAUCAACACUACUGCUGGUACCGCUUCUGAAAUGACUAGGUUCACCAUUAUUUCUAACGAAGAAAAGAGAGUCAAGAUGGCUAUCAUUGACAACAACGUCACUCCAUCCGUUGCCAUCAAUGACCCAACCUUGAUGUACGGUCUACCACCAGCUUUGACUGCUGCCACUGGUCUAGAUGCUUUGACUCAUUGUAUCGAAGCUUACGUUUCCACUGCUGCUAACCCAAUCACCGAUGCCUGUGCUAUCAAGGGUGUUGAUUUGAUCAAGGAAAGUUUGUUAGAAUGUUACAGAAACGGUCAAGACAAGAAGGCUAGAACCGACAUGUGUUACGCUGAAUACCUAGCUGGUAUGGCUUUCAACAACGCCUCUCUAGGUUACGUUCAUGCUAUUGCUCAUCAAUUGGGUGGUUUUUACCAUUUGCCACACGGUGUAUGUAACGCUGUUCUGUUGCCACACGUUCAAUCUUUCAACAAGGCAGACAAACAUUCUGCUGAGAGAUUGAGUGAAAUUGCUGGUCAUCUAGGUGCCUCAGCCAACCCAGAUGGUUUGGUCAAGGCUCUACACAAAUUCAACAGAGACAUGAAUAUUCCAAAGAACUUGAAGGAAUUAGGUGUCAAGACUGAAGAUUUCUCAAUCUUGGCUGACAACGCCAUGAAGGAUGCUUGUGGUCGUACCAACCCAAUUCAAUUUACCAAGGAAGAAGUUAUUGCUAUCUUGAAGCAAGCUUACGAACACGAAGAUUAA